UUUCAGCGAGAGGGAAGCGUGUCGUAUGAUUUUAGUGUCAUGCGAGUCAAAGUUUACAUGUUUUUCUCGAAUUGUCAUUGUUAAUCCCAUUAAUUAUCAUAUGCGGACUUUAUUGUGAUUAUGUGUUAUCAUCUCAUGUGUGCUCGAGGUGUGUGAUAAGGGUGUUGUUUCAUGGUGGGAGUGAGGAAAGGGGGACAAGAUGGGUGACAGUUUCCUGCACCUGGGUGACAUCGUGUCCCUGUUCGCGGAGGGCUCUGUGGCAGGAUUCCUCAGUACCUUAGGGUUGGUAGAUGACAGGUGCGUUGUUUGCCCUGAGGCAGGCGACCUGACUGAUCCGCCCAAAAAGUUCCGGGAUUGCCUGUUCAAGAUAUGUCCUAUGAACCGCUACUCCGCUCAGAAGCAGUUCUGGAAUACUGCCAAGCAAUCCGCCAAUGCCAGCGCCGAUACAGAUACCGGACUGCUGAAGAGGUUGCAUCAUGCCGCUGAGAUAGAGAAGAAGCAGAACGAGAUGGAGAACAAAAAACUACUGGGAACAGUGGUACAGUAUGGCAGCGUCAUACAACUGUUGCAUGUCAAGUCUAACAAAUAUUUGACUGUUAAUAAACGAUUGCCCGCGUUGCUGGAGAAAAAUGCAAUGCGGGUGCAUUUAGACGCAAAUGGUAAUGAAGGCUCGUGGUUCUAUGUAAUACCAUUCUACAAACUCCGGUCGACUGGGGACAAUGUGGUGGUCGGCGACAAGGUUAUAUUGAACCCGGUGAACGCCGGGCAACAGGUCCUACACGUGUCCUCUAACCACGAGCUACCGGACAACGUUGGAUGUAUGGAGGUGAAUGUAGUAAAUUCAUCGACGUCAUGGAAGGUGACCCUUUUCCUAGAACACAAAGAGAACCAGGAGGAGAUGCUUAAGGGUGGUGACGUAGUACGACUUUUUCACGCGGAGCAAGAGAAGUUCCUCACGAUGGAUGAGUACAGACGAAGGCAACACGUCUUCCUCAGGACCACGGGCCGGUCGAGCGCCACCGCCGCCACCAGCAGUAAAGCCUUGUGGGAGAUUGAGGUAGUGCAACACGACCCGUGUAGAGGAGGCGCGGGUCACUGGAACUCGAUAUUCCGUUUCAAGCACCUCGCUACUGGACACUACUUAGCCGCCGAAGCUUGUAUUAAACAAUCCGAGAAUAUGAUGGAAAAUGAGGGUUUGAACUCGGAGCCAGCGUACCAGCUCGUGUCGGUGCCGCACUCGUCGGAGAUCGCCACGCUGUUCGAGCUGGACCCCACCACCAUGACGCACUCCGACGCGCCCGUGCCGCAGAGCAGCUACGUCAGAUUACAGCAUCUCUGCACGCACACUUGGGUGCAUUCGACGUCAAUACCGAUCGAUAAAGAAGAAGAAAAGCCAGUUAUGUCGAAGGUGGGAUGUUCAGUAGUGAAAGAGGACAAAGAGGCAUUUGCUCUGAUAUCGGUAUCGCCCAGCGAGGUCCGGGACCUGGACUUCGCCAACGACGCCUGCAAAGUCCUCUCCGCAUUGUCAACCAAACUGCAUCACGGGAAUAUUGAACACAAUGAAAUGAAAGCAUUGACCUGCCUCCUCCAAGACAUAGUAUACUUUAUAGCGGGCUUCGAGAACGAACCCAACAAGUGUAAAGCCCUCGACCUGGUCGUGGAAAAUCCAAAUCGCGACAGACAGAAGCUGCUACGUGAACAAUAUAUAUUGAGACAGCUCUUCAAAAUACUCCAGGGUCCCUUCCAAGAAUCCCCGGAGGGAGAGGCGUUCCUUAAGAUAGAGGAACUGUAUGAUCCCCGUUAUGCGCCGUAUAAGUUCAUCUUCCGUCUCUGCUACAGGAUACUUAGACUCAGUCAGCAAGACUAUCGGAAGAAUCAGGAAUAUAUCGCAAAGCAUUUCGGAUUCAUGCAAAAACAAAUAGGAUACGACAUACUCGCAGAGGACACCAUCACGGCGCUGUUGCACAACAACAGGAAGCUGCUGGAGAAGCACAUCACGGCCUCGGAGAUAGAGACGUUCGUUGGCCUGGUCAGGAAGAAUAUGAAGACCUGGCAAUCCCGUUUCUUAGACUAUCUGAGUGACUUGUGCAUCUCCAACAAAAAAGCUAUCGCUGUGACGCAGGAGUUAAUCUGCAAGAGUGUGCUCUGUGCUAACAACGCUGACAUUCUUAUUGAGACAAGACUUGUCUCCACAAAAUACGAGAACGUCUCGGAAAUCGACGACGUAGGUAACAAAUACUCGGUAGAAGACGACGUUAUGUUGCUUUGGAACAAUAAAAAGAGUUCCCGGCUACUAUCGUCGUUAGCAUCAGAAGCGGCAGCGGAUCCACGCAGCGAAGCCGCAGCCAUCUUGGACUACUACCGACAUCAACUGGAUCUCUUUUCCAACAUGUGCCUCAACAGACAGUACCUGGCGCUCAACAGCUUGUCGCAGCAAUUACAGAUUGAUCUCAUACUCAAGUGCAUGUCGAACGGCGCGCUGUCGCACGAGGUGCGCGCGUCGUUCUGCCGUCUCAUGCUGCACCUGCACGUGGACCGCGACCCGCAGGAGCCCGUCACGCCCGUCAAGUACGCGCGCCUGUGGGCCGAGGUCGCCGGCACCAUCCACGUGCACGACUACCAGUGCGUCAAGGGCGGCCCGGAUGCUACGAGAGAGAAGGUGAAGGAGCAGUUCGCGUCGACCAUCCGCUUCGUCGAGAACUACCUCUGUAACGUGGUCACUAGGACGUGGUACUUCAGUGACCACGAUCAGAACAAGCUCACCUUCGAGGUUGUCAAGCUAGCCAGAGAAUUGAUUUAUUUUGGAUUUUAUAGCUUCAGCGAUCUCUUGAGGUUGACCAAGACACUGCUCAGUAUACUGGACUGCGUGACGGCUAUUGAUCUGCUCAACGAGACCAGCGCGCUCACUGGAGAGGUCGAAUCCCAGGAAAGUGAAAUAAAGAAACCGGAGGGCGGCGUGCUGCGCAGCAUCGGGGACAUGGGCGCCGUGAUGACGUCCAUCACACUCGGAUCGGUUGCACGUAAUGUGGCGGGCGGCGCGGCGCGCUCGCCGUCGGCGCUGGCGCUGGCGCGCAAGCACCCGCUCGUCAUGGAGACCAAGCUCAAGAUCAUCGAGAUCCUGCAGUUCAUACUCGACGUGCGACUGGAUUACCGUAUCAGCUGUCUGCUGUCUAUAUUUAAGAAGGAGUUCGAACAGUCCGAUAAAGCCGAUAACAUCGGUAGGGCAGAUGUGGAAGCGAUUGGCCUGCAAGCCGAAGGCAUAUUCAGUUGUCGAGCAAUACAGACUGUGCCUGACAACUGUCUUCCAAAAAAUGUAGAUUUAGACGGCUUGGACUUGGAUGAAUGCGGAGGUCGUAUGGUCCUUCGCGUGUUACUGCAAUUGUGCUCCCAAGGUGCCUCAGCUUCUCUGGUCUCUGGGGCUUUAGCGUUGUUGUUCAGACAUUUCAGCCAAAGGCAAGAAGUCCUGGCAGCCUUUAAACAAGUACAACUCCUCGUAUCAGACGCAGACGUAGAAUCUUACAAGCAAAUCAAAGCCGACUUGGACGUGUUACGGCAAAGUGUGGAAAAGUCUGAGCUGUGGGUGUUUAAUAAAGGUCGCGCUGGAGCAUUGGACGAUCACAGCGAUAUUAAAGGUACGGUGGGUCCUGGUGGAGCAGUUUUGGAAAGGAAUGCGUCCCUCGACAAUGUCUUAGACACCUCAAGGUCCACGAAACAUGACCACAUGAACGAAUAUAACAAGAUCAAGGAGAUCCUUCAACGUAUGAUCAAAUAUUGCACGCAAGGCAACAACAGUGCCGGCGAGGCGGGGGAGACCAGUCGCCCGCGGAGACACGAGCAGCGGCUGUUGCGCAACAUCGGAGUACACAACAUCGUGCUGGACUUGCUGCAGGUUCCCCACGACGAGGACGACGCCGCGAUGGACGAGCUACUCGCUCUCGCCCACGAGUUCCUCCAACACUUCUGCCACGGCAACCAGCAAAAUCAGGCCAUCUUGCACAAGCACCUGGACCUAUUCCUCAACGCCGGGAUCCGCGAGGCGCAGACGGUGUGCGCCAUCUUCUCGGAGAACGCGUCGCUGUGCGCGCACGAGGGCAACGAGAAGGUGGCGGCGCACUUCGUGCACUGCGUGGAGGCGCGCGGCCGCCGCCCCGCCUACCUGCGCUUCCUGCGCACCAUCGUGCGCGCCGGCGGCCAGCACAUCCGCCGCAGCCAGGACCUCGUCAUGCAGGAGAUGGUGAACGCGGGCGAGGACGUGCUGGUGUUCUACAACGACAAGGUGUCCUUCAACUACUUCCUGCAGAUGAUGCGUCUGUACCGGCGCACGGGCGAGAUGCCGGAGGCUCUGACGUACCAUAUAGACCUCGUGAAGCUCUUGACGUGCUGCACCCUGGGCAAGAACGUGUACACCGAGAUCAAGUGCCACAGCUUGCUACCCCUGGACGACAUCGUGGCUAUGAUCACUCACGCGGACUGUAUCCCAGAGGUAAAAGAAGCGUACGUAGGUUUCCUGAACCAUUGCUACAUCGACACCGAGGUGGAGAUGAAGGAGAUAUACUCCAGUAACUACAUGUGGGACCUGUUCGAGCGAUCCUUCCUGCAAGACAUGCUCGCGAUCCUACAGCCGGAGCCGCAGACAUCUGAGCCCGGCUCGUCGCGCGCGUCGGGCAGCUCGAAGCAGGCGUGGGUCAACUACGUCACGGACGUGCUGGUGCACACCAUCUGCACGUUCUUCAACUCGCCCUUCAGCGACCAGAGCACCACCGUGCAGACCCGGCAGUCGAUAUUCGUGAAGCUGCUUCAAACCACUUUCCGGAUCUACCAGUGUCCUUGGCUCACUCCGCCACAGAAACUCAACGUUGAGAAAUGUAUACGCACUCUCAGCGAAGUCGCUAAGAGUCGCAGUAUAGCGAUUCCGUUGGAGCUAGAGGCGAAGAUCCAGACGGUGUUCGAGAAGGCGGCGGCGCUGUCCCGCCAGACCAGCAAGUGGCUGCUCGCCUCCAAGACCUCCAAGCUGGAGAAGAUGGCUUCGCAGACAAACCUCCAAAACGACAGAUCUGUGAUGGAAGGCCUGCAAGAGAUAGUCGCGCUACUGGAGGAGCAGUUGCGACCCUUACUACAAGCCGAGCAGUCUCUGCUAGUUGACAUCUUGUACAAGCCGCAUCGGUUAUUCACGAGCCCGGGGGAACUAACGCACCCCGAUACGAGCGGAAUAUUUAUAUCGAGAUUAAUACGUCAUACGGAGAAGCUUCUAGAAGAGAAAGAAGAAAAGCUGUGCGUAAAGGUGUUACGGACGUUGCGGGAGAUGAUGGCCGUCGAUCCCGAAUAUGGAGAGAAGGGCAACCAACUACGAAACAAGCUGCUCUCGCAGUACUUCGUGAACCGCAAGUCCGAGCCCAAGAUCCAGCCCGCCAGCGUCGCCGUCACUCACGGGCCCGGUGCAGACACUGUACCGCAACAGCCGAAAAGAGCGAAGGUCUUGCUGCGCACGGGACAGAGUCUGGCGCAGGUGCAGGCGCACCUGGACCGCGAGGGCGCCUCCGACCUGGUGGUCGAGCUGGUCAUCAAGAGCACUAACCGACCGGCUAUCUUCCUUGAAGCUAUACAGCUUGGAAUUGCGCUUCUAGAAGGCGGUAAUCCUAUAAUUCAGCACAGCAUCUUCACAAAAUUGCAGAAUGGUGAAAUAUCGCAAGCAUUUUUAAAGGUAUUCUACGAUAAAAUGCGUGAGGCCCAGCAAGAGAUUCGCUCACUGGCUGUAAGCAGCACCACCACCACUACCACCGACAAGCGGUCGUCCACAGAAAAGCAAAAAUCGAAUAGUACUGAUGGUAAGGCGGUGGUAGGGCCCAUGGUGGUGGGCGAGGACAUGGACGACGAGGUGUCCAGCGCGUGCGGCUCGGCCGUGCACGCCUACUCCGACAUACACACCAUGUCGCACGGUACAACCGUCUUAGAAGAAAUAAUGGCAGAGAAAAAACGGGAAUCUGGCAAUUCGGACGUACUGCCUGCUAAGGUGGCCGUUAUGCGACCAAUCUUGCGUUUCUUACAGCUGCUGUGCGAGAACCACAAUCCCGACCUACAGAACCUCCUUCGCAACCAAAACAACAAGUCCAACUAUAACCUCGUCUCCGAGACUCUUAUGUUCCUGGACUGCAUCUGCGGAUCAACGACGGGAGGGCUCGGAUUGCUCGGACUCUACAUAAAUGAAGGGAAUGUGGCACUUAUCAACCAGACCUUAGAAACACUCACAGAAUAUUGUCAAGGUCCUUGCCACGAAAAUCAAAACUGUAUAGCGACACACGAAAGCAACGGACUUGAUAUUAUAACGGCAUUGAUAUUGAACGACAUUAACCCCCUCGGCAAGACACGCAUGGACCUCGUACUGGAGCUAAAGAACAACGCCUCCAAGCUCCUGCUCGCUAUAAUGGAAUCUAGAAAUGACUCCGAGAACAACGCCGAAAGGAUCUUAUACAACAUGAAUCCUAAACAGCUGGUUGAUGUUGCGUGCUCAGCCUUCCAUCAGGAGAACUCUAUGGACCCCGAUUCCGAUUCCGAGGAUGACGCGCCCGUACAGGGUGUCUCUCCAAAGGAAGUGGGCCACAACAUCUACAUCCUGUGCCACCAGCUGGCGGCGCACAACAAGGAGCUGGCGGCGCUCGUGCGCGCCUCGCCCGCCGGCCUCGCCGCGCCCGCGCUGCAGUACUACCGCACGCACACCGCGCAGAUCGAGAUAGUCCGCACGGAUCGCAGCAUGGAGCAGAUCGUGUUCCCGAUCCCGGAGAUCUGCGAGUACCUGCCGGUGGACAGCAAGCACCGCGUGCUGCAGAGCGCAGAGCGCGACGACCAGGGCAGCAAGGUGGCGGACUUCUUCUCGCGCCUCGACAAUCUCUUCCACGAGAUGAAGUGGCAAAAGAAGCUGCGAGGCCAACCAUUCCUGUUCUGGGUGUCGUCCUACAUGUCUCUGUGGAGUAACAUAUUGUUCAACUUUGCCGUUUUGAUCAACGUGAUCGUCGCUUUCUACUACCCGUUCCAAGACGAGAACCCCCGGCUGGGCCAGCACCUGUCGCUGGUGGUGUGGUGCGCGUCGGGCGCGGCGGGCGCGCUGGUGACGUGGCUGCCGCGCGGCUCGGGCGCCCGCGCGCUGCUGGCCAGCGCCAUCGUGCGCCUCAUCUACUCCGCCGGGCCCGAGCCCACCAUGUGGAUGCUGGGCAUGCUCACCAUAGUAGUGAAGGGUAUUCACCUGGUGAGCAUAAUGGGCAACCAGGGCACGUUGUCCAAGUCGACGCGGAACGUGAUCACGGACCCCGAGCUGCUGUACCACGGCGUUUAUCUCGGUUUCUGCUUCAUGGGCAUAUGCUGGCAUCCGUUCUUUUUCUCAGUUCUGCUCCUAGACAUAGUAUACCGAGAAGAGACCUUGUUGAACGUGAUGCGAUCAGUCACUCGCAACGGGCGGUCCAUCCUACUGACGGCCGUACUGGCGCUGGUGCUGGUCUACAUGUUCUCCAUAGUAGGCUACAUGUUCUUCCGAGACCACUUCCUCGUCACCGUCGACCGCCUGGACGGGCGCCCGCGUGUUGCAGACGACCACGACCCGCGCUUCGAGCAGCGCGAGCAGUGCGGCGACGCGGGCUGCGGCGCGCCGGCCGGCAAGUACGCGCGGCCGGCGCGCUUCGUGUCGGUGGGCGGCGACCUGCGCGAGCGCAGCUGCGACUCGCUCAUCAUGUGCAUCGUCACCACGCUCAACCAGGGCCUGCGCAACGGCGGCGGCAUCGGGGACAUCCUGCGCGCGCCCGCCAGCUUCGAGCCCCUGUUCGUCGCACGCGUGGUGUACGAUCUACUGUUUUUCUUCGUGGUGAUCAUCAUCGUACUGAACCUCAUCUUCGGUGUGAUCAUCGACACCUUCGCCGAUCUCCGUAGCGAGAAGCAGCAAAAAGAACUUAUAUUAAAGAACACAUGUUUUAUAUGUGGGUUGAACAGGUCAGCCUUUGACAAUAAAACGGUCUCAUUUGAGGAACACAUAAAGAGUGAGCACAACAUGUGGCACUACCUGUACUUCAUGGUGCUGGUACGGGUCAAGGACCCCACCGAGUUCACCGGCCCCGAGAGCUACGUACACUCCAUGAUCAAGAGCAACAACUUGGAGUGGUUCCCGCGCCUGCGCGCGCUGUCGCUGGUGGGCGGCGGGGAGGGCGAGGGCGGCGAGCUGGAGCUGCGCAACCUGCAGGCGCAGCUCGAGCGCGCGCAGGCCGCCGUGCGCGCGCUCACCGACCUGCUCACCGACCUGCGCGACCAGAUGACGGAGCAGCGCAAACAGAAACAACGUAUCGGCCUGUUGAACUCGACCUCGGCGUAUCUCCAGAACUUGCAAAUGAACCUUCCGCCAUGAGCGACAUGCCGUUACUUCGACGCACCGGCUACUAUGUUACAGUCCAUCAAAGUUUUUAUUUCGAUUUAACAGCUCGUAUAUUACGUAUAUUCGUCACCCAGAAUAUACUUAACCUGAAAUUUUCGAAUAGUUUAACGCUAAGAAUCUAAGAUACUUUAAGUAUUUUUAAUUAUUUGAACAAUCUUAUUUAUUUUAAUGAAAAUUCAUACUCAAGUCAUAUUAAUAAAGCUUCAAAACCGGUGCGUCUCGUGUACCAUCAGGCCUCGGAUGACAAUCGCACAAAAAUAUAAUCACAUUGGUACGCUUUAGUACUCGUCGUAAAGAAAACAAACAAUGACACUGACGUCGUUUAGCGGUCAAACGCACGAAGAAUGCGUGCGAAAUAUGAGAUACGUAAUACAAUAUAUAAUAAGACUAAUUCGUCUACUAGAAAAUGUUUUUAGAUUCGACUAGAUAUCACUAGAUAUAUUAACAUAUUUAUGGAUAUGUUUCAAGUGUGAUUUAAAAUGGAUUUGAUAGAAUAAACAUUCGUAUAGAAAUCUCUACAGUUUUCUAUAAUUUUUUUUUUUUAUCGCAGCGACGUUCGAAUCUUAACAGAUUGUAUAUUUAAUAUACUUUUGACAAACUUAAAAUUGAAAAAAAAAAAUCGGAUAUAGAUUACGGUAAACUAUAGACAGCCAAAUUGAAGCAAUAAUUUUCAUGAUAAAGGUCUAGUUGUAUGAUAGAAACACAAUAAGAUAUUUAGAAAAAUAUAUUUUAAUGUUUAAGUCAUUAUAUCCAACAAUAACAUUCAUCGACACGAGACUAGACAAAUCUCAUAUGCUUAGAAAAUUGUUUAACAAAUAAUAGCAUUUUUUUUUUAUAAAUAAUCCAGUUUUUUUGCGACUGGAUAUGAAACUUUGUUCGUUAUUUCUUCGUAGUUAAAGUUUAAUAUUGUUUCCGACGGGAUCUUGGAAUUGGAACCUUAAAUCUAUCACUAUAAAGUUCAAUUCGUUAAUUUCGAAUAUUAAAUACUAUCUUCCGAAUCUUAGUUCUAAAUCUCCUUAAUCUUAUUUUGUCUAUUUAAAAGUUUAUAUUUAUUUUUAUAUGAAAUAUUUUGUUCUUAGCUUAAUUGUAAAAUUAUAUUUUUUAAAGUUAUUUUUCCUCAAAUAUGUUCGUGUUGUAACCGUUGUUUCUUCUUUGUUUAUUCUAUUCUCGAACUUAGUUACAAUACAGUGUAAUUUUGUGUAGAGAAGUUACGUUUAAGGUUUUAUAUAAUUUUUCAACGAAGUCUCCCAAAAUUUUUAAUAUUUCGAUAGUGCAAUAUGACUUAGCUCAAAAUCCGUUAUCUGUAGUUAGGAGAAAUAUGAAAUUUUAUUUUAAAAAUCUUAUAAAGAUCUGAAACCUAUUGCGAUAAAUCGUGCGUUUCAUAUAUUUUGUUGUAUCUGUGUGUUGUUUAGAUUGUAUGGAAUAGUUACGUUAGGUUAAGUUUUAAUAUUUUUUAUUUGACACAUUGGUUUAUAAAUGAAAACGUUGUUUACUAUAAACUUCCCUGAAGUGGAAGUUAUAGUCUCUAUGCCUUGGCAAUAAGAGCUUCAUAAUUGGGUACAGACGAUUUCUGAGGGUUUUCUUCUUGAAUAUUUUAUAUAUGUUUUAGGAUGUUUGAAUGUUACUAUGACCUUGAAAUCAUAAAACAGUGCCAUGUGAAAGUAGCAAUCGCUAUAGGAAUAAGUUGAUUUUUUAACAAAACCAUUGCAUACUUAGCAUUCAUUAAAAAUUAACUGAAUUUUGAUCAAUCUCGGCUAAUCGUCUGAGAAUAUAUUUUAGUGUUUUUGUACUACUAAGUAUGCAUUAUAUACACGUAAGGGAACAUAUAAGAUGCCAAAUACUAGAGAUGUUAUGAGUUAUGAGUCAUUUUGUUGUACUUAAGAUGUUUAUUGUUUUGCUUAAAUUUCAAUUCUAUCUUGUUACUAUUAGAACUUUACCGUUUACACUAAAAUGUUUUAACAUUCCUCUAAUAUGAACCAACUAUAUCUUCAUAUAUAUAAUUAUAUAUAUAAUUUUUUGUACAGAGAAUUUAUGUAAAUUUAAAAGAUAUUUAUUAAAUAGUAAAACUUCUUUUUUUAAUCUAAGAUUUACAAAGUUAUAUAUUUUCGACUUAAAAUAAUCGAACUUUUAAUAUAUUUACUAAUUAAAUUCUUGUAGUUGAAUGUGUGACCAAACUUGGAGUUUUCUACAACAUGUAGAGUUUUAAUAUUUAAAUUUUAUACUUUCUCUACGAAAAAAAAAAAAAUAAUCUUCUUGCAUUAUUCUAUACAUUCCUCGUAUAUUUGUCUUUAUAUAUGAUAACAAUAGAUCUGUAUUGUGGAAUCUUUGCAUUAGUUCUCUAUUAGUAAUAAAGGAUUUAUUGUAAGUCUGUUACAAUGGCUGCAAAUAUGGUUUUGUUUAUGAAAUAUAAAAGUAUGGCACAAAA